UCUAUCCAUUCUCGUUGAUAUCAACAACAUUUCAUUUCCUCUAUAUCGUCUCCGCCAUUUUAGCCCAAUAUAUAUCCUCUCUCUCUGUAUAUACAGCUAUUUUUAUCGACGAUGAUUCAGAGAUAUACAAUCUUUGUUGUUGUGAUUCUAGGCUUUUUAUCAAGCGUGGCUCGAUCGGUCCGAUUCGAUAUCCAAUCGGGUCACACAAAAUGCAUAGCCGAAGAUAUCAAAAGCAAUUCGAUGACUGUGGGCAAGUACAGCGUGGUCAAUCCCAAUGAAGGACAACCCAUGCCCGACUCUCACAAGCUCACCGUCAGGGUGACUUCUUCGUAUGGGAAUAACUAUCACUAUGCGGACCGUGUGGACUCUGGAAACUUUGGUUUCACGGCGGUGGAGGCUGGGGAUUACAUGACUUGCUUUUGGGUCGUUGAUCACAAGCCGCAGAAGAUGAUCACCGUCGAUUUCGAUUGGAGGACUGGUGUUGCUGCUAAGGACUGGUCUAAUGUUGCCAAGAAGGGCUCUGUCGAUGUCAUGGAAUUAGAACUAAAGAAACUGUACGACACUAUUACAUCCAUUCAUGAAGAGAUGUCUUAUCUUCGUGAAAGGGAAGAAGAAAUGCAAGAGCUUAACAGAGCAACUAACUCCAAAAUGGGUUGGUUGACUCUUCUUUCACUUCUUGUUUGCUCAUCGGUGGCAGGUUUACAACUAUGGCAUUUGAAGUCUUUUUUCGAGAAAAAGAAGAUUAUAUAAUUAUAUCCCGAACUUCUUCUAGUAUCUUAUCUGCCUGCUGCUCAUGUACAAUUUUCAUCAAUAGCAUAUUGGGAAAAGAAAUGUUCGUACAUCAUUGCCAGAUAGUGGUUUCUAAUAAUUUAAAUUUGCAAGAUUGAAGAAUCUUAAUUUGUGUAUAACUCCAUUUUUGACAUUCCUGAAAUUUUACGAGUAUUUUAUUCUUCUUCA